AAGAAUUGUCAAAUGACAUGAAUCCGAUAUUUGAAAGUUAUGAAUCAAAUUCCCAACAUCAGGUGUGAUGGAGGUACAUUGCUUGUUUAGCCCUGUGGCUUUCGAAUUACGCGCCAAAAGGUACCCACACUAAAAAGCAGGGUGAAGGACGUAAUUAUCCUGCUUGGCGAAUAAUUAGCUUUAGAGUUAGAAUCGGUCCUUAGAAAGUCAGGCGGAAGGAUUAUUAGAAAGCUUUGUGUUGCUCUAAAUGCUUCCCGUUCGCUGUGAAAGCCUUCCAAGUUCCACGGUACAUCGCACUUCAUUUCCAUAACCAUGUUUUGCGUUGUCAUAUGGUGUCGUCAUUACGUGUAAAGGUCAUAGUUGUUUUUAAUGAUUCAUAGCAAAGCUGCGUUACGUCUUGCAGGUGGUGAUAAUCGACGGCGGACUUUGACCAACGUUAUACAUAGUCGUCACUUUAUGUGCAUAUUACCUUGGUUGCCGAGCACACAUUCUAAGUAGGACAUCUCAGCUGAAAAGAGACAACCGUAUUUACAGCCGGUCGCAGGUUCGACGUGGUUUGGCACACUUGGCUGACCCAGAAUUAAGAGCAAGGUAUCGGAUAACGCGCGGCUGUAACAGGUGGCGAGAUUUUAUUCUGCCGCGCGGGAGAAAAAGCGGUCGAUUUUCUUUACCUGCGCCCCCCUAUCGCUGGCUGUGGAAUAGUUCGCGCCUGAGACAGAGAAAUAAUAAAUUACCAAGUGAUGAGGCGGGGCAUCGCGGGUCCUGCCAGCACGGGGCUAACGGGAUAUCGUCGGCGGAAGAGAGGUGUGAGCAUGGCGGCCGAGGUCGAUGAGGCGACCCGGCGAGAGUACGAGUCCAUGGAACGGUGGUUGGAUGAGCACCCCCACUUCUCAAUGGAUUACUUCACCCGGAAAGCGACCCGUGAGAUGGUGAACGCGUGGCUCUUCUCACAGGCGCUUUCACAAACAGCCAUGACAACACGGGAGUCCGUGCCCUCUGCCCCAAGCUCCGGCGCACAGACCCCCGUGCGGAGGGUGUCCAGCUCCGAUCUCGAGUCCCGUGGACUCUUCGGCUCGUACCGGCCCAUCCUCACCACCGUAGACGGCACCCCCUCGUUCAUAGACCCGCAGACGAUCACGCGAACAGGCACCACGGCCACUACCAGCACCACGUCCUCGGUGUCCACGCCUCGGCGCGGGGGUGUGUCGACCUCGCAGCUGCGGCAGGAACUCCGCGCGCUGGACGAGCGGGAGAUGAUGCUUGAGCUGGUCCGAGACAUCUCCAACGACUUGGACGUGAAUCUGCUCUGUCACAAGAUCCUACAGAACGUCUCCAUCCUCACCAACGCCGACCGAUGUUCACUCUUCCUCGUGAAGGGGAACAAGGAAACAGGCGAGCGCUACCUCGUCUGCAAGCUGUUCGAUGUCAACAUUCACUCCACCCUAGAGGAGGCGGAGAGCCAGGCAGCUGAUCAGGAGAGCCGCUUUCCUUGGGGGAUGGGCAUCGUCGGCUACACCGCGGCCUCUGGGGAGAUCGUGAACCUGCCGAACGCAUACCAGGAUACCAGGUUCAACAAGGGUAUUGACCUUCAUACGGGCUACAAGACGCUCAGUAUCCUGUCCAUGCCUCUGAGAGACAAGGAUGGAGAGGUGAUAGGAGUUGCCCAGGUGGUGAACAAGUGUGGCGGUUAUGGACAGAAAACUGAGGCUUUUAAUGAGCAUGAUGAAAAGAUAUUUGAGUCCUACAUGGCAUUCUGUGGUGUGAGGCUACACAAUGCAUCGCUGUAUGAACAGUCUCAGCUGGAAGUCAGGAGAAACCAGGUCCUCCUAGAGUUGUCCAGGCUGAUUCUGGCCGAGCAGAGCUCCCUGUCCGUGAUCAUUAACAAGGUCCUGAUGCACACCCAGUCUCUGCUACAGUGUCAGAGGUGCCAGGUUCUACUCUUAGACGACACCUCUAAGCUUCCUGUCAACCCUCUCUUUGUGGGUCCCACGCCCAGGAGGAGGCCAGCCAGGUCUGUCCAGGGCAUGUUUUCUCAGGUGUUUGAGUGUGCAGCAAGUGACUUUGAAGACAACAAUAUGAGCCAAGAGGAGUUUCUGAACAGAGAGUCUUCGACGACCAACAAGUCAGCAAGAUUUCCCAUCAACAUCAAAAUAACUAGCCAUGUAGCUCUAACUGGAGAGACUUUAAACAUUCCAGAUGCCUACAAGGAUGAACGGUUUGACCCCUCAGACGAGGAAGGGUCAGAAAAUAAGACAAGGUGCAUACUGUGUAUGCCUAUUAGGAACUCAACAAGGAAUAUAAUUGGCCUUUGCCAUCUUCUGUGGAAUGGGCAUCCACAACACUCAGAUGUACGAGAAGGUAGUCAAGGCCAUGGCCAAACAGAGAGUGGCUUUAGAGUGCCUUUCCUACCAUGCAGUGGCAUCAGAAGAAGAGGCAGACAGGUUAAGAAAACUGCCCAUCCCCUCCUCGGACUGUCUCCACCUGCUGCGCUGGGACUUUGACGACAUCGGGUUGGAGGAUGAGGAAACACUGAAGGCCUCCAUCAGGAUGUUCAUGGACAUGGACUAUCUGAGCAAGUUCAGCAUCAACUACAAGAGCCUGUGCAGAUGGAUGUUGAGUGUACGGAAGAACUACAGAAACGUGACCUACCACAACUGGAGGCACGCCUUCAAUGUGGCACAGAUGAUGUUCACUAUGCUAAAGACCGGGUCCAUGGAGGACUUGUUAGAUGACAUUGAGGGCCUUGCCCUGCUCCUGGCCUGUCUUUGUCAUGACCUUGACCACAGGGGCACCAACAACUCCUUCCAGAUGAAGUCUAACCACCCACUGGCCCAGCUCUAUGGAACCUCCACCAUGGAGAGGCACCACUUUGACCAGUGUAUCAUGAUCCUCACUAGUGAGGGUACUGAGCUGCUAUCCAGUAUGAGUAAAGAUGACUAUGCAAAGUGCCUGGAUGUCAUGGAACAUGCAAUUCUCUCUACAGACCUCGCACUCUACUUCAAGUGGAGAGGUGGAUUUUUCUCAAUAGUGGACAAAAACGAGGCAGACUGGAGCAACAAGGACAACAGGAAACUGUUGAGGAGUAUGAUGAUGACAGCUUGUGAUGUAGCCGCCAUUACCAAACCAUGGCCUGUGCAGCAAAGGGACAUGAUGAACAGGGAGAAAAAAGACAAGCUACCUGAGAUGCAGGUGGACUUCAUUGAUGCCAUCUGUAUGCCUGUCUACAAGUACUUGGCUAAAGCCCUGCCCAGCCUCAGCCCCCUGUUGAAAGGGUGUGAAGACAACAGACAGCACUGGCAGACCCUGGCAGACAGCAGAAAGGAACGGCAAGAUGCAGAGGCUGCUGGGAAAGAUGCUCCAGAGGUUGAUGGGAUAGAUGGAGAGGAUACUGGGAAGGUGUCAAGUGGGGAAAAGAAUGAAUCACUGGAAGAAGAGCUCGCUACCGUUGGUGACUCUCCGUCAAGAAUAAUUCUAGAAACGGGUGAAGAAGAACGGAAUGGCUCAGGGGGGUGCUGUCCGGAGAGACCGACUUGUGCAUCGUAGAAGACUGUCCUCUCCACAAUCGGUGCUUCUUACAAGGGCAUUGAAUACUACUUUCAUCUUCUUUUCAUAGUUUAAGAUUGGUGUACUUACAUGAUAAACAUCAGUCAACUCAAAGAACCUUUUCAAUUUGUAAAGGUUCAAUCAGCUUAUUACCUGAUGAUAUCCGAUGAAGUAUCACAUUUGUCAAUUGUAUGUCCAUAUAUGUUGUCUGUUACUUUUUGUAAGUUGCCAUGAUUUUAAAAGUCAUUUUAAUCACUGUCUUUUCAACUUUAAAGUGAAAUGUUAAAUCAAUGUCUAAUAAUUUCUUGUUUGAGCAGGGCUUCCUCCAGGUCUUGAUUUUGGAUAGACCAGUUGGAGCAAGUCAGUCUUUUUACUUGUUUCACAUAACCAGUAAACUGCCUUUAAAGGUGACAUAUCAAUUUUGUAAAGUAGAUACAAUCUAUCAGUGCAAGGCCAGGAGACCACUUUUUGACACUGAACUUUUGAAGGCUUUUUGGGUUGAGUGUAGGAGGGAGACACUUUUCAGGGAGAAGUUUCACAAACUUGCAGUCCGUGGAAAGAAACUUUUAGUGCAGAAGGACUUUCAAUUUUUGGUCCAACAUGGAUGAGAGAAUGGUUAAAAUUUGGUUAAAAAGAGCGCAAAAAGAUCCAUCCAAGAGUGAGGAAGGAUACUAGACAUAUGCCUGCGAUCUACAUCAUUCUUUCUUUCACUCCUUCACUUUCUUUCACUGUGACAUAUUACCAUAGCAAAAACUGUGAGGUAUAAGUGGUAGCUGAAUUUCAGACCUGCUAAAGUACACCUUUCAUUAGUACAUGUAGCUUGUAAAAGAAAAGAAAACUUGAUAUGAUCAAUGAUGACUCUAUGACAAUCUUACAUUCCAAUGUAUUUGUAGUUACUAAGCUGUAUUUAUAUACUAUGACUGAUGUGGAAAAAGGGUAAGAUUUACUAAGACUUCUAAACAUGGACAUGGCAGAGUUUAACCUACAUGACUGAUAGUAUUUACAUGGGAAGUAAUGUGACCUUACUAUGGUAUAAGAGCAUUUUUUCAAACAUUUCUUUUGAAUGCAUGGAUCUCUUAAAACCAAUUGUGUUGGUUGCAGAAUGUAAGUGAUGGGCUUGGAUAAAAGAAGAGUAAAUGUUGACUGCCUAAACAUGUGCAACAGUGACCAAUUCUCUGCAUUUUGUAUUGAGUUGUAACUGACAAACAAAAGACAAUACAAUUGAAAGUUUGUGGAUCUCAUUUCCAACAUGUGCAAACCUUGAUAUACAAAUGUAAUAGAGUGACAUAUUCCCUGUGCUUCUGGACUUGGUGUAAGACAAAAUGUUUUUUUUCCUUAGUCCACGAAAACUGCUGAAGAGAGAACAGUUUAUUUUGUAAACUGUAUCGUAAUUGUGGAAUCGUCUCUUGUUGAGCAUAGUAAGUUUGAAUAUUUGAGGUACAGUUAUCAUUACAUUGUACUGAACUGACCAGGAUAGAAAUAGAAUUAAAAAGGUUGUUGUUUGCAAGGCUUGAAACACAUCUUACGAAUUAUCAUGCUAAGACAACAGUAAUGCAAAAUAUAGUUUUCUAACCUCGCACUUUCACAGAAAGUUUGAAAUGUGGAAAAUAAUAUGAAUUUUAGUAGUUUCUGUGUCAUGCUUAGCACAUUUUACGUAUCAAUCAUUGUGGAAAGCGUGUACUUUAAAGCAAAUGUAAUGGAAACAUGCUCUCCAUGUGUCCAUGUGGAACAUUUUGAGAAAAUCAUUGUGGACAUUUUGUGUCACUGGAGUCAUGUGUUUCUGUUAACCAUUUGGCACCAAUUUUUUUUUUUUUGGUCAUUGCAUUAUUCAUCAUGGAGCAGGUAAAACACUAUAAGACAGUGUUUAGAUAUGUAUGAAUGAGUCCUAGACUGAAUCAUAGACUAAAGGUGAUCAUUGUAAUGCAACAAGCUGAGGUUUAGCUGU